CGGGGCGGGACGUGUUCGGGGCGGGGAUAGAGGCGAGGACUCCCGAACCAUCCAAACUUCCGGUGCCUGCAGCGCAGCAAGAAGCAGGCACUGCGAUCGAGGUUGCACAGGCAAGGGCUGCAGGGAGCAGGCGCCGGUCAGCGCAGCCAUGGUGAAAAUCAGUUUCCAGCCCGCGGUAGCGGGCAUCAAGGCCGAUAAAGCGGACAAAGCAGCGGCGUCUGGUCCGGCCUCGGCAUCUGCCCCGGCCGCGGAGAUCUUGCUGACGCCGGCGAGGGAGGAACGCCCCCCUCGACACCGCUCCAGGAAAGGGGGCUCCGUGGGUGGCGUGUGCUACCUGUCCAUGGGCAUGGUCGUGCUGCUCAUGGGCCUUGUGUUUGCCUCGGUCUACAUCUACAGAUACUUCUUCCUUGCUCAGCUGGCCCGAGACAACUUCUUCCACUGUGGUGUGCUCUAUGAAGACUCCCUGUCCUCCCAGAUCCGGACUCGGCUGGAGCUGGAGGAGGAUGUGAAGAUCUAUCUUGAGGAGAACUAUGAACGUAUUAAUGUCCCUGUGCCCCAGUUUGGUGGUGGGGACCCUGCAGACAUAAUCCAUGACUUCCAGCGGGGUCUCACUGCCUACCACGACAUCUCCCUGGACAAGUGCUACGUCAUCGAGCUCAACACCACCAUCGUGCUACCUCCACGGAACUUCUGGGAGCUCCUCAUGAACGUGAAGAGAGGGACCUACCUGCCACAGACGUACAUCAUCCAGGAGGAGAUGGUGGUGACAGAGCAUGUCCGAGACAAGGAGUCUCUGGGUUCCUUCAUCUACCACCUGUGCAACGGAAAGGACACCUACCGGCUGCGGCGCCGGGCUACCCGGAGGCGGAUCAACAAGCGUGGGGCCAAGAACUGCAAUGCUAUCCGCCACUUCGAGAAUACAUUUGUGGUGGAGACGCUCAUCUGUGGGGUGGUGUGAGGCCUUCCCUUCAGGCUCACCCCUGCCCUCUUCUUUCUCCUUCUGGCCACUCUCUGGCCCUCCUCCUCUUUGCUUAGCUUGUACCUUGGGCACUUUUCCAUAGAUGUGACAUGUCUCACCUAUCCUUUCCAGCCCCGCCCUCCUCCCUGUACCAGGGCUGUGAUCUCUCGGGGCUUCUGCCUCUGCUGAUCUUUCAGGCGUGAGGUGGGAGGGGACAGUUGCCCAAGAUGGUUUCUCUAACUCAUUAUUUUAAGUCAGCUCCCCAGUGGCUGGGCCAAGGGGAAGGACUAAAGGGAGGGGCUGGACAUGUGGAAGCCAGGGGCAGGGACAGGGGCAGGGGCAUGGAUGGGGUUUGGCAUGAGGUUCACAAACAGCCCCCACAUUUGGAGAAGUCCUGAAAGACUUUUUUUUUCUUGCACAGCACACUUCCUCUGUCCUCCUGGUUCUUAGGCCUAAGUGUGGACUAAGGAUGGGGAAAUGUGUCCUGGGUUGGACCCAUCAGAGCACAAGAGAAGGUGGCUAUCCUGGGGUCUUCCCAGGACUCCUGUCAGUGCCUUCAGCCCACCAGCAGGAGCCUGGAGUUAGAGGGUGGGAUGAGUCUGCCAAGCACAAUUGUUCUCUGAGUGGAACCAAAGAAAUGAGGAGCCGGGCUGCCCUGGCCUGGCCCCUGGGAACACAGGAGCAGGUGGGUAUAGAAGUCAUGGCUGUGAGCUGCAGGCCCUGGGCAGCGGAUGGAGCCCAUGCCUUCCUACACCCCAGGGCUACUGUGAAUGAUGGAAGUGGGAGGGAGAGCCACCUGGUACUUUCAUCCCUGCCUCCUCUUCCGUUCUGGAUCUCUCCCCUCUGUCCAGGGGUGUGUGAUGUUUCUCCUGCAUGUUUUUACUGAUGUUCGUGCUGGCCGUCCUCAGCCCCGAGCCUGGGAGAGGCUUUGGAGCCUCGGGUCAGACUUGGGCACUCCGUGGCGGUGAAGCCCUUAAAUGCUUUGUAUAUUUUCUCUAUUAGAUCUCUUUUCAGAAGUGUCUGUAGAAAAUUAAAAUAACAAAACAAAACAAAAACAAAAUCCUUAUA